CUCCGCCUCUCAAUAAGUGCGCAAUGAUGUCCGCGUGAGGGCGCAUAAAGCCAGUGGAUGGCGUCAUCCCCCUCCUUCACGUGGCUAUAAAAGCUGCUGCCAUAUGAAGUUCAGCAUUCAAACUGCCUCAGAGCGACACGGCUGCAAGAGGAGAGCAGGAGCGAAGAGAAGCUCACACAAAGUCUUUGGAGUAUGAACAGACUCACGUUUGCGGUUUUCCUUUUGGCUCUCGGGUUUCCUGUCUGCGAGGGUAACCCAUGCUGCUCAGAGCCAUGCCAGAACAGGGGCUUUUGCACAGCGCUCGGAACAGAUACUUAUGAGUGUGACUGCACACGUACUGGAUACUAUGGACAAAACUGCACGACACCUGAAUUCCUCACCUGGAUCAAAGUGUCUUUGAAGCCAUCGCCCAACACCGUCCACUACCUUCUCACCCACUUCAAAGGCUUCUGGAACAUUAUCAACAACAUCUCCUUUCUCAGAGAUGCCAUCAUGAGAUAUGUGCUGACAUCCCGAUCCCACUUGAUUGAUAGUCCUCCAACUUUCAAUGUGGAUUACGGUUACCCCAGCUGGGAAGCCUACUCCAACCUUUCCUACUAUACGCGAACCCUCCCUGCUGUGCCAAAGGAUUGCCCAACCCCCAUGGGAGUACUAGGUAAAAAGGAGCUACCCGAUGCUAAGAUUUUGGCUGAGAAGCUCCUUAUGAGAAGACAGUUUAUUCCUGACCCACAGGGGACCAGUUUGAUGUUUGCAUUCUUCGCACAGCACUUCACACACCAGUUCUUCAAAUCUGACAUGACGAAAGGACCUGCCUUCACACAAGCUAAAGGUCAUGGGGUGGACCUCAGCCACAUUUACGGAGAGACCCUGGAGAGGCAACACAAACUAAGACUCUUCAAGGAUGGCAAGCUUAAAUAUCAGACUCUGGAAGGAGAGGUCUACCCCCCAACAGUAAAGGAUGUGGGUGCUGACAUGCACUACCCUCCUCACGUCCCUGACUCUCACCGCUUCGCUGUGGGCCAUGAGGCAUUUGGCCUGGUCCCUGGUCUGAUGAUGUACGCCACCAUCUGGCUCCGUGAACACAACAGAGUAUGUGACGUGUUGAAGGAAGUUCACCCUGACUGGGACGACGAAAGGCUCUUUCAGACCACACGACUCAUUCUGAUCGGAGAGACCAUCAAGAUUGUGAUUGAGGACUACGUGCAGCACCUGAGCGGCUAUCACUUCAAGCUCAAGUUUGAUCCUGAGCUGCUGUUCAACCAGCGCUUCCAGUACCAGAACCGCAUUGCAUCUGAGUUCAACACCCUGUACCACUGGCACCCACUGAUGCCUGAUUCUUUCCACAUUGAGGAGAAAGAAUACAACUAUAAACAGUUUGUCUUCAACACCUCUGUAGUAACUGAGCACGGCAUCAACAACCUGGUGGAGUCGUUUACUAAGCAGAUUGCUGGACGGGUUGCAGGUGGCCGAAAUGUCCCAGGACCUAUUAUGUACGUGGCCAUUAAAUCCAUAGAGAACAGCAGAGAAAUGCGCUACCAGUCUCUGAACGCUUACAGGAAACGAUUCUCCAUGAAGCCCUACAGCUCUUUUGAAGACUUGACAGGAGAGAAAGAAAUGGCUGCAUUGCUGGAGGAGAUGUACGGACACGUUGACGCUGUGGAGCUCUACCCAGGCCUGCUGGUGGAGAAACCUAGGGAAAACGCCAUCUUUGGAGAGACCAUGGUGGAGAUGGGGGCCCCUUUCUCCCUCAAGGGCUUAUUGGGAAACCCCAUCUGCUCCCCGCAGUACUGGAAGCCCAGCACCUUCGGGGGCAGCGUUGGCUUCGACAUUAUCAACACCGCUUCCCUACAGAAGCUUGUCUGCAACAACGUACGGGGCCCCUGCCCUGUGGCGUCCUUUCAUGUGCCUGAUGUUAAAGAGACGGGGUCCAUGAUCAUCAACUCAAGCACAUCCCACUCACGCAGCAGUGACAUCAACCCAACAGUCAUUUUGAAAGAAAGGACUACUGAGCUCUAAGUUGUUGUUUUUUUGGGGGGGUUUUAUACUUGUUUUUUUAAUAUGUAUCUAUUUAUUUAUUUAUUUAUGUUUUAUUUAUUGUUAUAUUUAUAAUGUAAACUGGCACAUGUUUUUAUACAAGUUUUUACAAAUAUUUUUGUGCGAUCAUUUAAAAAAAAAAACAUUCUGUGGUUUAUUUAUUGAAAGAUUCAGUGUAUUAUAAAUUAUUAAAUGUUUUACUUGAAGGUUAGUUUACAGUUUCAGCUACAUUGUAGCUACACUCAUAAUUUUUCUUUAGACUAAGUGCUGCUUCUUCCAUAUAUGUUAAUGUAUUUACUUCUCUUUGACUGUUACAGCACCAUUGCAUUAAGUUUAUACUAAGUUGCAUCACUGAUGUGCCUCAAUGUUACGGACUAUUUUUUUAGUUUUAACAAUAGAGUGUCUUUACUUCCUUCUGGGUAUUACCUAUGUUCAUUUGAGAAUUCCGAGUCUAAGCUGCACAAGUUGUUUAUAAUCUUUGUACAUCUCUGUUCUGUACAAAACAGGAGGACUAUCUCCUGGACUGGAGGACUAUCUAAAAAAAUAUGAACAUGUGACAUUGAGACAGGCUUUUUUUAACAAGUUUGUUAUAAAUGCGUGAUUGAUUGUAUUGACACACAAUUUUGACACUAAUAAAUGCUAUG